CUCCGACGUCUCUCACUAUACUCAGCCCAGCAGGUAAUUCUUGUGCUUGAGUACUCGACCUAUCCCACAAUGUCUCGUCCACCUUCCCCACCCCAGCACGAAUUCCACAUUACCCUAGAACGCACAUCUUCCCCCCUCUUCGAACCGGACAUCAGACCAACAACGCGCGGACAAAUGAACACAGCAAUGGAGGUAGAUCCGUCUCUCACCACUGAAGAAGCCCCCGCCUCCACAAACCCAGACGCAUCAACACCCCCGACCCAGCGCCCAACGCAGAUGAACCUUCCCGUACGCUCCGCGCGUCGCGCCUGCACCAUCAAGAAAGAACUCGAAGGCGUCAACCCAAUCCACACUACUCGCCACCAGCGCGGUGCGCGCGUCCGCCCCGAGGACAACCCGGAGAACCAGAUGAUUGUCCGCCUCCGCAAGGAGGAUCACAUGUCGUGGGGCGGGAUCGCGGCGGCCAUGAAUUCGCUGCGGCGCGAUAGGGGCGAGGAGGACGACUUCACGGAGGCUUCUGUCUAUGGUAGAUUCAUUCGAAACGGACAUCGCAUCUCCAUCAACGAGGGCGAUUAUGGCGGUGAUGCAGGUUUUGACCCCAAGGACUACCUCUACCUCCGCCACCCAGCCCACCACCUCCCAGACUCCCUGCGCGUCCAGCCCUCCAAGAAUUGGGGCAGCGGCGCCGGCCGCAAGCGCGUGCGCGAGGAAGGCAACGAGGAGCAGGACCUCAAAGGCAACCUCCGCCCCAAGAUGCCGCAUUCAGACCAGAAAGCUGAGCUGGAGACGCCCGUGGUGUCCGAGAUGAUUUGCCAGGCUGUCAACACUGUCAACUCCAAGUUCUGGAUCUAUGUCGCGGAUGAGCUGGAUCGUGCUGGCGGCAAGUACUAUGAGCCUGGUGCGGUGCAGAUGAGGUUCAAUGCCAUCGGGAAAGAAGGGGGUGAUUAA